CCAGCAAAACACCGAAUGUGUGUCAAGCGCGGGGGCUGCGGGGGAUUUGACCUACUUUACACGCGGAGACACCGUCCCCUCACUUCCACACAUUACAUUACGAUUCUGAGGGCUCACCAGAGCAGUAAACAGACGACCUGACAUGCUGCUGUGCUGUAAAGAUGAGCAUUAACGCUGAUAUUUGACUGUAGUAGUAUCGUUUCGCGGGUCACGUGACUGUGGGCUGUCCUGCCAUCAUAACAAACAUCUUCAGCGGAUGAGUUUAUUAUUAGCUGGAGCUCUGCUGAAUUUCACAUCUAUUACUGACCAUUAGUCAGCGUGGACUUAAUUUCUCUCAUCUACAGCUCUGCUUGGACUCGAAUGGAAUAUGUCUGUGGUGCGGGCUGCAUGUGAUCACGGGCUGUUGAAGAGGCAGGAGGAGGACAUUAAGCCCCAGACGGCGGUGAUUCGGCGUAACCUGUUUGGCCCCGUGGACCACCAGCAGCUGCAGCAGGACUUCCAGAGGCUCUUCUGCAUGAACGUGGAGACCGCCAAACAGCGCUGGAACUUCGACUUUCAGAGGGACCAGCCUGUCCCGGGCCGCGUCGAGUGGGAAGAGCUGCGCUGCCAGGACGUCCCGGCCUUCUACCGCAGCAGUGUGGUCAGGCCCAGUGUGAUGAAGCAGAUGCUGGACAGAGGAUCCUUUGCUCGCUCUUCUGCAGCCACGGAGAAAUUUCUGGAGCUGCGGAGAAGCUGUAGCGGUUUUAGAGGAACCAAGCCUGAGAAGAGAAUGGCUGCGGUUUUGGGGGUCAAACGCAGACAAGCAAACAUCACAGACUUUUUCAGAGUGACAAAAAGACGGUUUCUUCAUCACAAAGCUUCAGGACAGUAAACAUUCAGUACACUUUAUGAUGUAUAUAUCUGUAAAUACAAUAUCUGCACAUGUAGCUCUUCAUCUGACCAGCGAAAGUUAAAUAGGAUAUAUUAUUACAUAUAUAUAUAUAUAUAUAUAUAUGUGUGUGUAUUAUACGCUUAAACAUACACACAUGCGUGCACAUUAACAUAAUAUAGUGCAUAAUUAGGAGUUUAACAAACAAAAUUCACUGAAAUUCCCUUUCUAAACCGAAAAUCUGUUUCAUUGUACAACAUUGUUACACAACACAUGCUGAAAGCAUUAGGAAUGCACUGUUUUCUGUUGCCGUGCACUGAUUAUAUAGGAUACCAUGCGCUAUAAAACAAAUACUGUGAACAUUUACACAAAUGCACUAUAAAAGAACGGUCUGCAGCUCAUCUGUCCUGUUAAGUAGCAUAAAUGCACACGAUAUACAUAAGCUAACCAUAUCCUCCAGUUAUUCUGUCCAACUUUUGCUAUUUAUUUUUCUCCUACACAUUUUUUUUAUAUAACGAAAACAAAAGACGCAUGUAACCUGAGCCAUAAAUGUUGUUAUGAAGCAUUUAGCUAUAUAAGUGACCAUAUAAGUCACUGGCAAACAUAUAGUAUGCUUUGAUAUAUUGAAGUUUUAUAUAUGUACAAAAUAAUGUUUGUAAAUUGGUAUUAACCUUGAAAUAUUAUUUGAGGAGCGUUCCAAUACGUUUUUUAUGAUUGUAAAUGAAAGCGGUGUGUUUUUAUAGUGUACAUUUUUCUAUCGGUCACUUGUAUUUUCAUCAAUGCUGUAUUUUUAUUGUGUGCAUAUAUGUAAUAUACUUAAAUAUUGGUUAUUUUUGUGUAUUUUUUUUUUUCUAAUAUUUCCCAAGUGAUGUUUAACAGAUUUUCUUCAGACUGGCUACAGUGUUGUCCAAUAUUUUGCCUAAUUAAGCCUUUACAUUGCACUUUAUGCUCAAUAUUAUAAAAGUACUAGACGCAUAUUAUGGCAUGAAGGCAAAAAUAAAUGUUAUUAAUACUAAUAUGUUUUAAAAUGUGUUGAAAAUCACUUGGGAAAUAUAAAAAAAAAUAGUCUUUAAGUGUAUAUGCUGAAUUAGAUAUAUAUAUAUUUGACAUUAUUUUCAAUAUUACAGAAGAUGCUGACAAAAUUAACCAAAUUAAUUGCUUUAAAGUUAAUAAAUAAGUAAAAGUCCACCGAAUUAUGGUUAGUGAGAUGAAAUCAGAGCCAGAUGGUGAUCAAUUUAACCACAAAUUUUGUAAAAGUCCGUUAAAAAUAGCAUUCUACCUCAUGAAAUGAGAAAGGACCUUUAUUUUGUAUUAUUCGCAUAUAUACGAAUGUGUAAAAUGUAGCAUUUGUCUUGUAUAUGCUAUUUUUUCCCCUUGGAAGUACAGUAUAUUGGCAUGAAAGUAAUUUGUGCUUCAGAUCUACAGUGUUGUGUUUAUAUGUUCAUUGUUUUGUUUAAUUCUCGCCUUAUUCUGUGUGUUUUUGGGGAAUUAAAUAUUGUAUUUUGCACUAUGUGUCAUCUUAAAAGAUGUGAUGGGCCAGCUAAUCUCAUUUAUUAACAAAUAAAUAAUAAUAUGCGCUGCAUAUUUGACCCUGGAGCUCAAAACCAGUCUUGCCAACACAUGUCACGGCAAUUCGUAACUUUUUUUUGAUUUAGUGGCUAAUUCGUACGAUCUAAUUCGUACAAUUUAGUACGAUUUGCUCAUCCGCCAAUGACGGUUGGAUUUAGGGGUGGGGUUAGGUGCCACGCCUCCUUUUUAAAAUCGUACAAUUUCGUACGACUGAAUUCGUACGAAUUAGCCACUAAACUGUCAAAACGUAAAAUACUUACGUUUUCUCGUGAGAUCAGGCUGGUCUUGCAUAUUGCGCAGGUAUAGUUUUGGUAGUAGACACAAAAUACAUUGUAUUUGUGCCCAAAAAUCCUUAGAAUAUUAAGCGAAGCUUAUGUUUAGUGAAGAUAUUUAGUGCAUUUCUUACUUUAAAGGGGAACUAUUAUUUUUUUACAAGAUGUAAAAUAAGUCUCUGAUGUCUCUAGAGUGUGUGUGAAGUUUCAGCUCAAAAUGGCACACAAGUAAUGUUUUAUAACUCUCUGAAAUUGACCAAAUUUGAUCCAAAUUGUACCAUUUUGGUGACUGCCGCUAUAAAUGCAAAUGAGAUUGUGCUCUAUUCAAAAGAGGGCGGAGCUUCAAACACCUGUGUGUCAGUAUAGUGGCAGCUCCGCACUCUAAUGCUGUGUUCACACCAGACGCGGAACGUGCGUCAAGCGCAAGUGAUUUACAUGUUAAGUCAAUGCAAAUGCGCGAAUAGACAUCCUGCGGCGCGAAUGGCGUGAUACGCACGAAUUGAGCGUUUGACAUGCGAAACGCUGGAGUUUAAAAAUCUGAACUUCAGCGUACAUUCGCACCGUGUUAACCAGUCAGGAGCUUGCUCUUGUGUGGGCGUGAUUAUGACGUAGCGCCUGUUGUUGGUGUCCCGGGGGAAAUUCCUCCUGCCUACACCGACAACAGUUCAUCAAACUGGGCUCGGCUCAGUCAGAAGCACCGCUGAAAGCCUCCAUCAUCCAGGGUAAGUUUCUGGAGGAGUUGAUGAGCUCACAGAGCUGGGUGCACCUCUGAAAGGAUCUAGGCACGGCUCCAAACGAAUCGACGCUGUUUUUCAGCCUUCAUAAAGCACAUAAACACAGUUAUUUUCUCAAUAAAACCACGUUAGCCAUUUAGCAACGAAGCUACAGUCACCGGACAGACAGAAGCCCUGCCCAUGACGCGAAUCCACGUCUGUUCUGAAGAGAAUUUGACGCGCAAAUGAAGCGAGUAAACUCAAAUGUUCACGCGCGAAUAUCGCGAUUUAUCCGCACGUUCCGCGUCUGGUGUGAACACAGCAUAAUGGCAGUCAGCUGCUUCUCACUCAGGGCUGUCUAUGCUAAUGAGUGGGCGGGGCUUUCCCCCUCUGACGACGCAUACAAAUGUUUCAUCAAAUCUGAUUAUAAACAAGAGAAUUAAACAUUUUGACCAUGAGAAGCUGACUAUAUUCACACACAACUGUGUUUGAACCCUUAUAAAGGUGAUUUUUGAAACUAUUUUGCAUAAUAGGUGCCCUUUAAAUGUAUAAAAGUGCUUUAUUUGUACACGUUUACAGCAACUGUUUAGAUUAUUGUUGUUGUAUAAAUCUCAUUCUCAAAGAAAUGUCCACUUAUGACUGGUUUUGUGGACCAGGGUCUCAUAUAUAAGUGAAUUAAAAGCCAUGUUUUCUCCUUGGGUGACACUUUAACAUGGGAACCAGUUGUCACAUUUAAAUAUUGGUUGUUCAUUAGUACUUUAAAAGCACAUAUAAAUGCCUUCAGUUUUGCAUGACCUUAUUUUACAUCCCUCAUAACUCCAUAACACUUCUAAACAUAACCAGGCUAACAAUUAAUAAGCAGUAAAUGUGGAGUUUGAGGCGAAGGUGAUGGUGAAUAAUGAGUUUGUGUUCCCUGAAUAAAGUGUUUCCAGUCAUUGAAUGAGCAAAACCUCAAGUGUGUUAAUACUUUGUCUGUUGCUGUAUGAAUGAUGUUUGUAUCACAUUAAAUGCAUGUAUAAAGCUA